AUGGCGCAGCCUUCCAAGCGUGCGAGGUUCUUGGCUGCCGAGGUAGACGACCCCAUUUGCCGCUUCUUUAUUCGGGGGACCUGCAGUAACGGCGCCGCAUGCCGAUUUCGCCACGAGGACCCUGCGAACGUGCCCUGUAGAUUUUUUGCACGCGGGGCUUGCAGCCGUGGCAAAGAGUGCCUGUAUCUACACGCUCAGGUGCCUGCGAAGCCACUGCAAUUUUCCCAGCACGAGGAUGCCAAUGCUGCUCCAGGGCUGCAACGAGGCAGUGCAAAGGCUUCGCAAGGAAGCUCUGUAGCAGAGCCGCGCAGCGCGCGCAGCAUCUUGCACAGAUACUCCGCCUCGAGCAUCGCAAAGGCAGCCGGCCAGGAGGUCCGCAUCAAGGGCCGUCCUCCGCCACAGCCAGCAGGCCCUGCGGCUCCGCAGUGGCCGGUUUCCGAGGUGCAAGGCUAUGCAGAGGAGGAAGAAGAGGAAGAAGAAGAGGAGUUUGAGAGCGACCCGGUCGUCCAAGCUGUCGAUGGAGGGCCAACAGAGCCAGCAGGUAAUCCGCAAGUAGCCGACUUGGCAACGACGGAUCCAUACCUGUAG